AUGAAGUGGGCCUUUUGGAAUGCUGUCCUUGUCCUGGCCAUCUCUGUGUGGGCUGCCUUUGCAAUUGGGGCUCACCUAGAAAAGACAAAGUUCGAAUGCAUCAAGAAUAUAAAUAAGUGCUGGUUUUUGUCCUUCAUCAAGCCAAGUGAACUCAUAUGUGGUAGUGACGAGGUUACCUACAGUGGUGAGUGCCAUCUCUGCUCCCAAAUCCUAUAUCAAGGGUUUAACAUAACUAAAGUGCACGAUGGACCAUGUGUAAGUAGAAUUACUUUUAUUUUUCAUUUUUAG